AUGAGCCUCCAGAGCCGGGUUGAGAGAACCCUUCUCCCCCAAACCUGCAGCCUCGCUACUCCAGGCCAUGCCCAGGGAGACCCGCACCCACAUCAGUGCCAGAGGCUCCGUGAGGAGAGCAAGGCGACACAGGUGAUGGCGGAAAUGGGUGAGAGCAGCUUGGGGGCUGGCACGCUUGUACCGCCCCGGCUUCCAGAGGAGGAGGGCGCACCCCGGGACCCCGUGAACUAUGGUCAUACUCCCCAGAUCCGAAUGUAUGGGGGGCACGGUCCCAUAGCGACCGAAGUGGGGAAGGAAGUGGCUCUGCCACCCACGGAGGGCCUGGGAGCAGCCUCUACGUCCGUGGCAACGGACGGCAGCCUCAAAAAUGGCUUUCAAGGUGGAGAGACACACUGCCCAGGUGGGGAGAAGGCCCUAGACACCUGUGGCACCCCGAAGUCUGGGUCUGAGGUGAUGGCUGGGGCGAAGGCCAAGGAUGUGGAGACUGGAAAGUGCGCCAUCUUCUCAGUAGCGGUGGCUGAGGAGGAGAGGGCUGAGGUGGUGGUGGAGAAGCCAGCAGGUGAAGAAAUGGAAGUGGUGGUGGAAAACAGGGUGAUAGUUGAGGCGGAGGAAGAGGCCAGGCCUGGGCCCCGCCCCCGCCCCCGCCCCCGUCCCCGUCCCCGUCCCCGUCCCCGUCCCCUGAACGUGCCUCUUCUCAUGAACCCGCUAGAGGCCAUCCAGCGGGAACUGGACAUUGUGAAUGCUCAGGCUGACAGGGCCUUACUCCAGUUGGAGCGUAGGUUUGGGCGGAUGCGGCAGCACUACUUGGACCGGAGGAACAACAUCAUUCAGAAUAUUCCCGGCUUCUGGUUCUUCUCGAUUCAGAACCACCCAGAGUUGUCCACCAUGAUCAGUGGUCAAGAUGCAGAGAUGUUAAGGUACAUAACCAAUUUGGAGGUGAAGGAGUUCAGACACCCCAGGACUGGCUGCAAGUUCAAGUUUUUCUUUCGAAUAAACCCCUACUUCAGAAACAGGCUGAUUGUCAAGGAGUAUGAGGUCACGUCCUCUGGCCAGGUGGUGUCUCUUUCCACUCCAAUCAUAUGGUGCCAGGGCCAUGAACCCCAGUCCUUCAUUCGUAGGAACCAAGAUGUGAUCUGCAGCUUCUUCACCUGGUUUUCAGACCACAGCCUUCCAGAGUCCGACAGGAUUGCUGAGAUUAUCAAAGAGGACCUCUGGCCAAAUCCACUGCAAUACUACCUGUUGCGUGAAGGGGUGCAUAGAGUUAGACGUCGCCAGAUAAGGGAGCCUGUGGAGAUCCCCAGGCCGUUUGGGUUCCAGUCUGGUUAG